UUCGUCAGCGUCGCACUGAAGAGCGAGGGUAGCAGCAGCCUUCCCCGAGUUCGCCAUGGCCAGAGCGAUCCGGCACGCCGCCCACAAGGAGCACCACUUGUUCCUCGUCGAUUCCGGCGGGAGCAGCGGCACCGACCGCAGCUUCGUGUGCGACGGCUGCGGCUGCCCGGGCGCCGGCCUCCGCUACCGCUGCGGCGCGUGCGACUUCGAUCUGCACGCGCCCUGCGCGACGGCGCCCGGGGCCGCGUGGUUCUUCUUCCACGGCCAGCACCCGCUCGUGUUCGAGGUGGCCGCCGGCGUCGGCGAACCUCGCCGCCGCUGCGACAUCUGCGAGACGGACAUCCGCGGCAUGCACUACCGCUGCCGGCCGUGCGGCUUCGACGUGCACCCCAUCUGCGCACAGCUGCCGGGCGCCGCCAUCUCGCCGCUGCACCCGGAGCACGUCGUGAUGCUCAGCGUGGGCGGCCCCGAGUGCGCGCGCUGCGGCGCCGACUGCGUGUGGCGCUACCGCUGUGGCGUGUGCGACGUCAACAUUCACCCAAGAUGCCUGCUGGGGACUGAUCAGACGCCGCUCAACAUUACCCUCAAAAAAAAAAAAAAGACGCCGCUCAACAUCCCCAAGAGCAACUAGAUCCAUGGGAAAGUUCAGAACAAUGAACGUUACUUGCUCAGAGAAUCUCGAGUAUUUCUACAUGCCGUUUAUCUCAUUAUUUGUUUCUCGGGCGGAGAAUCUUGAGUGACCAUGUCAAUUAAUCUUCCAGCUAAAGAUUGUCUACAGCUCUGUGGGUCAUAUGAUCCUUUCCUAGGAGUGGUAAUGCAGAUGUGCAGUCCUAUUACACACAGAACGGUGCAUCACUUAAUCACGGGUUUGCAUUACUAAUAGUGGCUAGUAUGUUCAAACCUCCGUCAAAGAUGAGUAUAUAAUAAUGAUGCUGCACCUUAGAAGAGGACUAUCAUAUGACCAAGCUAAUGCUACUAUGGUUGGGGACCUGUGUUGCGAAAAAUCUCCUCUUUCCCUGUAAUUCAAAUGUUAAUGUAAAGCAAUCCCAGAAA